AUUAUAACAGCUGCAAUGCAAAAGCACCCAAAUCCAAUGAACCCACGUGUGGUUGGAAUGGAUGUGCUGGACAGACACGUAGACCCCUCUGGAAAGCUGCACAGCCACAGGCUCUUCAACACCGAGUGGGGCCUGCCCUCCAUCAUGAUGUCUCUUAUUGGUGCAGCAAGAACCAAAACAUAUGUGCAAGAACAUUCUGUAGUUGAUCCUGUAGAGAGAACGAUGGAACACAAAUAUACUAGUACUUCAUUUACAAAUACAAUUUCAGUAGAUGAGAGACUCAUAUACAAACCAUAUCCUCAGAACCCAGAAAAAACUGCUGUAAUUCAAGAAGCAAGAAUCACUGUGAAAGGAGUCAGCCUCAGCAGCUACCUUGGAGGAUUGCUGGCAAGUACGACAUCUUCAAAUGCUAAUAAAGGCCGAGAAGCAAUGGAGUGGUUAAUACAUAAAUUAAAUGCUGAGAUUGAAGAACUGUCAGCGUCGGCAAGAGGAAGCAUAAGGACACCGACAGCGGAGGCCUUUGUAGAGAAAUGA